ACGCUGGCGAGGUUACCAUUUCAUUAUCAUCCAUUAACUAUUUUCACAAUGUUGGAACAAUAAUUUUGACAGCGAUUGUCAAGCCAAUUGGUAAUGUUGGCAUUGACAAUGACAGCUGAUUUACGUGGCCUACUAUCAAUUUCUUGUUUGCAUUUUAUCAGAUUUCUAUUCCAAAAAAUCUAUUUCAUUAAUUUUACAUGGUUCUAAUUAACUAAAAAUUUCAUAUUUUCAAAAUAUACGAUGGGUCUUUGCAAGUGCCCAAAAAGGAGAGUGACUAAUCAAUUUUGUUUUGAACAUGGUGUUAAUGUUUGUGAAUAUUGUAUGGUUACGAAUCACCCAAAAUGUAUCGUCCAAUCUUAUUUACAAUGGUUACGAGAUAGUGACUACAAUCCAAUUUGUGAAAUCUGCACGAAGAAUCUGAGUGAAGGAGAAUGCAUUCGCCUCACUUGUUAUCAUGUUUUCCAUUGGGCAUGUGCGGAAUCACGGUAUCGUGCACUACCACAAACAACAGCUCCAGCAGGAUACCAGUGCCCUUCUUGUGCUACACCUGUGUUCCCUCCCUCCAACCUUGUAUCACCUGUUGCUGAUGUGUUAAGGGAAAAACUUGCUGGCGUCAAUUGGGCUCGUGCUGGUCUUGGACUGCCACUGUUAUCUGAGGACCAAGACCUAAAAGGUGCAGCAGGCCGACGUAGCCAAUCACCAGACCAUGGUCAAUAUUAUUCAAGUACAAUGGACAGUCAAAGAGGCACUCCAGUAGGAGCCAGUGAUGAUGAGUCCUCAAGCCGAGCAGCUAAUGGCACACCACAUUCCAUUAUUCAAAUGCCUGAUGAUCCAGUUAAAAUCUAUGAUAAUACAUCUCUAAAGAGAACUGACAGUUUACAAGGUGGUCAGGCCUCACGGAAACCUUUGAAAUCACUAGACCAUUCAAAACAAACAACCAACUUUGAUCAUGAUGAAAACAAGUACAAACAAAAGUCUACAUUUGCAUGGAUUAGCCGAUGGUGGAAAAAUACACUUCCAUCAUCUCGUGUCCGAAGAGCGGGUGGCAUAUACAGGCGCUAUUGGAUUUUACUCUUUGCAGUAAUAGCCAUUGUAGUGAUCCUGCUGCUACUGAGUCACAGAGAUAUCAGUGAAGAAAACCCCUUUGGAUAUAUUCAAGAUAAUGAUCGAAUGAUAUUGCAGAAAAACUAGUGUAUGUAAUAUUCUCAAUAUAUGUGUAUUUAUAAAAUCAAGCAAUUUGUAAAGUGAUAAUAUAAAGCUAUUACAUGUACCAUAAAUUAAUAUAAUAAUUUAAAAUGU